AUGGCGACCAAUUUGCUGAUAAAUCCUGUAAAACUGCGCUUUUAUAUAGAAAGAUACAGAAAGGAGAAUAAAUUGAUAAAUGUGCGAGAAACGUUUGUGCCUACUACUUAUACAAAAUCGUUGACUGGUAAAUUCUAUGCGAAGCACGAUGCUUUCUCUCCGUUGGACGUUAGACAGGACGAUAUCAAUUUGAUUAAACGACAGAUGCAGAUGAUACCCACAGACAUUUAUUCAUUCAGACCGCCGACAGUAAACAUGGAAUACGGCUGGUUCGCUGCAUCACUUAUACCCAUUUCGAAAGAUCCAAGAUUACUCUUCUCCAGAAAACAAUCGGAUUUCGUCACGAAUGAACUCUUACGUCGAAAACUACAAAAAGGUCUUCCGGAAAAACGAUUUUCUGGCGUGCCAUUUAGAACAUAA